AUGGCUAAUAAGCUUAAUUUGAUGUUGAUUAUGGCUAUGGCUAUGGCUGCAUUUGCACUCCAUGUUGCUGCAAGAACUGCCCCAAUUGAGGCUGCAAAAGGCCUCAAUGACCAAAAGAACUUCCUCAGCGGUGGCUUCUCUGGCAUUGGUGAUAGCGGACUCCCCUUUGGAGGACUCGGAGGAGGCGGUGGCUUGGGCGGGCUCGGCGGUGGCCUUGGCGGGUUCGGUGGGGUUGGCAUCGGUGGCAUCGGUGCCGGAGUUGGCGGGGUUGGUGGUGGAUUUGUUAAGAUUCCUUGA